AUGGCUUUCAAGGUGGUGUGUUUGGUUAUCGCGUUAUUCGGGAGCGCCAUGGCCCAGCCUCCCAAAUCUGGACUUAAGGGAAGCUCGUUGGACGGCAUGGUGGAGGAGAUGAGAUCAGGUUGUGCCGAAGGUUCCGAUCCCACCGCUUGCAUCAAGUAUAAAGUUAUGUCUUUACUUGACAGCAUCUUCAAGAAAGAUUCAUUCCAGAUCUCCGACGCAGUUGAGGUGACAAAGAAUGGCGCUGAAGCAGCUACUGGCAGAUCUUCGGGAGACUUUAUGGACACAAUUGAGAGCUACAUCCAGACACACGACGUGACCUUCCAACUGCCAAUCGUCGACACCAAAGUCACCGUCAGUCCCAGGAACUUGGAUAACGAUGAACUGUCACUGAACAUUAAGUUCGCCAAGGAAGGAGCCCGCGCCGUCGGUGAGGCUCGCAAAGCCAAGCUGAAGAAGAUCAUCGUCCCAAUCCUAGUAUUCGUCCUCCUUAAAGCCAUGACUCUCAUUCCUCUGGCCAUCGGUGUUCUUGGACUGAAGGCAUGGAACGCUCUCCAACUGUCCUUCUUCUCUUUCGUCGUAUCCGUUGCUCUGGCUAUCUUCCAAUUGUGCAAGAAGUUUACCCAGAUCGCGGCAGACAACACUCAUCCCCAGAUUGCCGCUCACGGUCCCUGGGAUGCUGCGUACGCUGCAACCAGACACAGGAGGGAAACCGAGCCCCAGGAAUUGGCCCAGGAACUAGCCUACAACGCCUACCAAUAA